AUGUCUACUGGAAGCAGUGAUAGAAAGGAUGACGUCAAAUUAUUGGAACUGCUGAAUUCUAUAGAUGAACAGUUUUUAGUGCCAUACAAAAAGCCGGAAGACUUGCGUAAAAUCUCCUCUACUACCAAACUACAAGGUUCCACCCCAACUAAGGAACUAGACAAAUUAGCCUCUGUAUUGAAGGCACAUUGCACAAAAAUAGGUAUUGUUUGCAAGCCAGGAACUUUUGAUAACAAUCAUAAAGUUGUGAUUACCGAAAUCCAAAAUUUUAGUAGGCCAUUAUUCUACUUACUAAGUUUAUUCCCUUUGUUUUACAAUAACAAGGAUUGCCCCAAAUACUUUACAGACCAACUGGAUGAAAGUACGCUACAAUUGCUCGAUGGCUUGAGAGAUUUCAUUGCCGAAUUACAAGAAAGAUUGAAAAAUGACGAAAAUGCAUCUCUAGACAAAGAAAGGUUAACCUCAGUUGGUAAAAUAUUCAAUGCGUGCGAUUCUCUCUCUAAUUGUUCCAAGGCUGGACCUUAUGGGAUCCUAGCAAACAUCUUAAAAGAUAAUGUGGCCAUAAUGGACGAUACAAUGAAUGAAAUAAAAGAGUGGCUUGAGGAACCCGAUUUUUCAGCAAACUCGGACGAUAUAUUUUUGGAUUUUGAGGAUUCAGAAUCCGAAUCUGAUUCACAGAAAGAGGAAUUUGACCAGGAAAAGGUCUAUGAAAAUAUAAAGUUGUUUUUCGAUGGGUUUACGAGGAAGAUAAAGCUAAUCAAAUUACUUGUAUCAACUUUCAGGAAAACUCUGGUGUCAAAAGAUUUUACUCCUAAGAGGAAUCAAGCAGAAACUUUAGACAGUAUACAUACAUAUCUGAAGGAAAUACAGUUACUUUUGGAUGAAGUGGUAUCCACUGUACAAUUUGAGCCGAAGAACUUUACCAAUGAGGAGGUAAAAGAAGAACAGGCUGCAUUAGUUGCAGUAACUAAAAAAGUUCUUAUCCAAAUGAGUAAACUAUAUGAAGGUGAUCCAAAAAGAAAGAAAUGGAUUGACACAUGGGAGAUAAAAUUCAAUGAAUUGUUUUAG